AUGCGAAGUAAACACCAGGCUGACCCAGGCUUUUGCCUCGCGUCAAGCUUCGGUACUCUUGCCUGUUGGGCAUGCUUGGACUGCAAGGUUUCCUCGACUUGGCCUUCCCAACCUGAACUUGCAACCAUUCACAGGGCCAUUUUGGGCCUUGGAAGGGCAGACCAAGGCUCAUCAAGGUCGACCUUGAUCUGUCCAUUCACUCUUCUCAAGGGUGCGCUCUCCUCGCAUUCCAUAAUAUUUUUUUUUACUCCUGAAAUGAUCACUGGGGAAGUUUUUGUCGUUCACACCUCCCAAACCUGCAUGCGAACCACAAGUCUCAACAUCAAGCCAAUCACCAAGAUGUCCGACAAACGACCUCUACCCGAGACCCCUCGGCCCUCCAAUAGCGGUAAUGCACGCAUCACCGACUACUUCAAGUCAAUCGAACGAACUGGGAAUGAUAGAAAGUCCAAGAGAGAGCUCGGAGAUGAAGAAGUUGAUCGACCGACGAAGAGAUUCAAACAAAGCGACGAUGGACAUGCCAGCAGUAUCAAAACGGCCCGAUCCCAGAUCAAGGUCGACAACCCGAAGACCAGAAAGCCGGCGUCUGCUCGUCUUCUAGACGAGACUGACGGCGGACUCCACGAUAGCCUUGUCGGCCGCAGGGAUUUUCUUGAGGAAGAAAGGGUGGAAGACAAAAUGAGGCCUCGAAACGCCAACAUCGAGCGCGGCGGUGUGACGAUCGACGCUGAUGACACUGCUAGGCUGCGCCGGCCCAAAGCACCAUCGCCUCGACUUUCCAUCCCACGAUCGAAGAAGAAGUUUUCGAGUGCCCGACUUUUGGACGAGACCGACGGGGGUCUCAACGCCGUUCUUACUGGCCGAUUCGAGACCACGCGAUAUGAGGAGCCCAUGACCGGGGAAGAUGCGGAAAACCCCAACCACACUUCAAAGCACAAUGGCUUGAUCGGCGAACCAACAACGACCGAAAACAACAACAUUGACGCCACUCCGAGAGGCCGUCUCAGGAGGCCUUCGCCUCAACGUCCUCCUACGACCCCCCAACGCCAUAGCAACCAGCGUCGGGAAGAACAAAACUCGAGUCCAAUGUACCCAAACGACAGCCCUUCAUCAUUCCUUCUUCCGAGUCCCGUCGUUGAUUUGCCCGCACCGGAAUCGUCUCCCGUGUCCUUCCCUUCUUCCCCGUUGACGCAGUAAGAAGGUACUUGGCAGCUCGUCCUUGCUCCAUGAUGAAGCACUUACCCAGUUUCAAAGAUUACAACGACAGGAGCGGCAGCGAAUGGAAAGCAGAACUUCAG